AUGGCCGCGGCGGGCAACGACGACGCGGCCACCAUCAGCUCCGAGGCCGCCGCCGGGAGGAGGUGGUCUCUGCGCGGCAUGACGGCCCUCGUCACCGGCGGCACCCGCGGCAUCGGGCGUGCCGUGGUGGAGGAGCUGGCGGCGCUGGGCGCGGCGGUGCACACGUGCUCCCGGAACGAGGCGGAGCUGCGCGACUGCCUGGCCGAGUGGGAGGCCACGACCGCCAAGACCGGCGGCGGCGGCGUCACGGGGUCCGUCUGCGACGUGUCGGCGCGCGACCAGCGGGAGCGUCUGCUGCGCGACGCGGCGGAGCGGUUCGGCGGCAAGCUCAACAUCCUGGUGAACAACGUGGGCACCAACUUCAGCAAGCCCACGGCGGAGUACACCGCCGAGGACUAUGCUUUCCUGAUGGCCACCAACCUGGAGUCCGCCUACCACCUCUGCCAGCUCGCCUACCCGCUGCUGCGGGCGGCCUCCGGCGGCAACGCCAGCGUGGUGCUCGUCUCCUCCGUGUGCGGCGCCGUGGCCGUGUGCACGGGCUCCGUCUACGCCAUGGCGAAGGCCGGCAUGAACCAGCUGGCACGGAACCUGGCGUGCGAGUGGGCCACGGACGGCAUCCGGGCCAACUCCGUCGCGCCGUGGUACACCAGGACGCCGCUCGUGGAAGGGGACCUGUCGCGGGGGGAGUACGUGGAGGAGAUCCUGCGGCGGACGCCGCAGAGGCGCGUCGGGGAGCCCCAGGAGAUCUCGUCGCUGGUGGCGUUCCUCUGCAUGCCCUGCGCGUCGUAUAUCACCGGCCAGACCAUCGCCGUCGACGGCGGCAUGACCGUCAACGGCCUCUACUACCCAGCUCAUCAGGACUAA